GGCCACUACUUCUGAGAGCCACCCUAGAGAGAACUUCUUAUGUUUGUGGCGAGCAGAUAGUGUUGAAAGCAGAUGUUCAAAAUGGCAGCGAUUCUGAAGUUUGGGUUCUCUGUAAAGUCAUACAGGUUAGUUUUUUUUUUUUUUUUUUUUUUUUUUUUUUUUUUGGAAUUAAUUUUUUUUUUUUUUUUUUUUUUUUUCAUAGAUAAAUUUCUAUGGAUUAGGUACAUUAUAAACUUUUAUUUCAAAAUACUCAGGUAGCAUUGAUUGGAUUUAUGGCUAAUGUCCAUUCGGUGCGCCACUUUGAGUUCAUGUGUGGUAUUCUCUCCCUUUUGUUUAUUCUUGGAUUGUUACUACAGUUAACUUUUCUUUUUUUUUUUAAAAAUGUUAAUACACCAUAUAAUGUUUUAAAUUAAUAUUUCGUUGGGUGGUUAAUUAUAAUAUUUGAGAUGAAGCUAAAUUUUUUCCGGCAUUUUGGAAUGGAUGUUGAUUUUUCUGACAACUUUUGGAUUUUAUUUUUAGUGGAACCUGCAAUAAAGUUUGUAAACGUGUUUUUGAUGAAACUGAAAGUUGGGUUUUCAUUAUUUUGCAUAUUUUUAAAAUGACUUUAAUCAUUUAUUCAAAUUUUAGAUUUUUACAGUACAGUGUGUAACAGAAGCACAUGAACGCGUGGUUUUAGUCUUCUUGUUAGGCAUUCGGUCAUAGCUUUUAUGUUUGAAGAUUUACUCUUAAGUUGGGGAGGACUAAAUUUAGGGUUAAAUUUACGCUCAAUUUGGGGGACUAAAUUUAUGGGGGAAUCUACACAUGAGUUAGGUAUACUGACUUGGCAUUUAGAGUAGCAGAUUUUAGGAUUGCAGGUAUUUCUCAAAAUUUUAUCUAAUUAAAUUUUAACUGUUUUUUCCUAAUUUUCUCUUCUCUGGGUAAGUAGCGGGAACGGCACAUUCUCUCUCUUGCCCCUUCCCAUUUUAGUAGAUGUGUUUUUGCUCUACUUCUCUUUUUUUACAAAGCCCCCAUCUUGGUUGCCAUCACAUGACUGCUGUCAUGGUGACAAGGUGGCGGAUGCUGUCAUGGUGACCAAGAUGGCGGCUGCCUGAAAUAAGUGGCACACCGAACGUACAUUCACCGGAUUUAUAAAUCUUAAUUUUAAAUUUUAUUUAAGAGACAAAUAAUGACCUCUUAAAUAUACCUUUUUAAAAUGACUCAUGGCUUGUUUUGAAUUUCUUCAAUAUGUGCUAUGUGCCUGGACUUUGAGUUUCAUCAUUAUUAAUUUUACUAUCAUUAUUUGAUGAACUUGUUAGCAUCGGCAGAAACAGACCUGUUUACCCUCAAACUCUUAAAAUCGUACAAUAUCAUCACAAAAUCGUUCAAUACAUUAUCUUAAUAGUAAAAAAAAACACAGUAUUUAUAAUAUAUAAACCUCAAAAUCGUACAUUGUACGCCAAAAUCGUAAGAGUAAACAGGUCUGCAUAUAAUAAAAAAGAGUUCCAGCUAACGUUGUCGAUAAACCUUCACUGUGAUUCCAAUCAGACUUAUUCAAUUUCUGUCUGUUUCAGUAUGUGGAGUUCUUCAUUAACAAGGGUGUUCUGGGUUUGUCUAAAGAAGUCCGCCACACAGUAUUUGAGGCAGAGAGCGAGAAGGUGCCCCCACAUGACAGCUCUCGCUUAGAUGAACUCAUGCCAAAACUUGUUCUUCCCAUCAUGCCUCCUACUAUGGUGGAAGUCUGUGGUCUUGUACAGAUUUACUACACUUUAAAGGUAUGAAAAAACUGACUGCAGACUGAAAUUAUUUUUUUUUAAAUUUUAAUUUUUUAAUCGAUUGAGUUUGACUUUAUUGAAACAGAGUGAGUGAGCUCUACUUAAAUCUUGGAUGAAUUUAGAUAGACCUAGAGAAGAGAAAACUAUAAGAAGUCAUUCUUAGACACUGGGGAAAUUUAGAAAUGAGAAACUUUCAAAAUGGCUAGGGAAUUAAACAGGGGUGGACUGGGGAGUUCAAGCAGCCCGGGAAAAAAACAUAAAGCGGCCCUUUCUUCAUGACUUUUAUUUUCCUUGUGCAUUUUUUCCAUCCAAACCUGAGGGCCGAGGCCUCCAAAGUCAUGGGUCACUUUACAAAUUACAAUAUACAAUAACAAAAAAAAAAGAAGAUAAAUCACAUAUAUAAUUUAUAAUUAUUAUAUAUAUAUAAUUAUAUAUAAAAUAUCAAGAAUGCGUCAAUUCAAGUUAUAAAUCAAUUUAUUCAGACUCACUGAGAUGGUGUUUAUAGUAUAAGCAACUUCUUUAAGCUGGGUGCCAUUUCGGCUAGAUGAUCUAUAAUUGUGUCAUUAUUCAGUUCACUUAAAACAUCGGUUUCUGUUGACAUAAGCAUAAAAGCUUCAAGGUGUGUAGAAGACAAUAAGCUUCGCAAGCGAUUCUUAAUGUAUUUCAGUUUAGAGAAAGAUCUCUGACAAGCUACUUGGGUAGACGCCAGAGCCAAUAAGAGUUCAUAUGCACUAAAGAGAUGCUUGUAUGUUUGCCCAGAGAAACUGUAUUGAUGUAGUACAGAGAAGCAGCAAACAGGACAUUUUUGGCAAGAUUUGCAUUUUGGAAGUUCCUCACUCUUAGCCACAACUUGGUCGUCCCAGAGUUCAUGGGGCGAAUCUUCACUGACGCUGUCCUCUACUUAAUCAUUGAACAUUUGGAGAAGGUAUUCGUCGGGCACAGAAUUUUUAAAUGUGUCCCAUUUCUGCGCAAAGUCAGUUAGCUCUUCUCUGAGAUUAGUCGCUGUGGUGCUUUCAUCGAACUUAAUGAGAAUACUGCUAAGGCGCUGCAUCGCUGAUGUAGCCAAACCUUGUUGUUUAAUAUCCUUAAAGUUCUGUGGAUCAAGACAGGCAAUAUCUGCGUAUAAGGAAUCAUGACUUUCAAAUCGCUUUUCAAUAGUUUUUACAAUUUUGUCCAAGAUUCAAUUAUGAACUUCAAUGCGAUAUCUGUCCGCUGCAUUAUUUCCUAUUACCUCGUGCGUUCUUCUCUCAUCAGACAUCACUUUUGGUUUGUGUAAACGUUUCUCUACAAAAUUUUCCUCAAUAGUAAUUUCAACAUGUUCAUCUUCUAACUUGUUAUUAGCCCAGGACACAAAUCGUUUGGCAAUGUCGAGAACACCAUCAAAAUCUCUUGAAAUAUUUUUUAACAACUUAACAGUACAAUCUACAUAACGGUAUGCUUGCAGUGCAUCCAUUCCGGUGGUUUGUAAAUAAUUAGAAAGCGAUCCUGUGUUCUGGAAUAUUCUUAAGUAUAGUUUUGCAGUGACAAACGUUUCAAAUUUGAUAAACUUAUCUAGUAAAGUUUGAGCUGUAUCCCUGAUUUUUGCAUUGAAUGCGUCCGAUGAUGCUAGUUCUUGUAACGUAUAAAUCAAUUCAGUGAACAAUGAUGAGUUUGGAUCAUCAAAAUUUCCAAAUCCUUUUUUUAACACACUUUCUUUGGCUCACCAUCGCGUUUCACCAAUAAUAUUUAAUCUUUGGUGUCUAGAUUUCUGUUGGUGAUUGAUCCAAACAUCCAUUCUUUGAAACGAUUCUCUAAAGAACACCGCACAUUCGUUAAGCAGUUGAAAUAGGCUAAUUGAAGAGGUCAUGGUUUGAGUGGUAACACUUAUAACAAGAUUCAAUACAUGUGCGUAGCACCAGCCAUGAAUUUGAUGAGGUGCGACGUCACUCAGGCAUUUAGUAAACCCAUUGUACUGUCCUUGCAUAUUGGCUGCCCCAUCUGUAGCAUUAACUACACAAAAUUCAAUAUUUAUGUUACAUUCAAUGAGUUUCUCUUGAAAUAAUUCAAACAUACCUUUUCCAGUAGAAGAUGUACAGUUUGCAACGCAUAUCAGUCGCUCAUGAACUUUAUCUGUUAGAUAUCUUAUAAUUAUUGAACAUUGGUCUUCACACUUACAUCCUGAGUUGUAUCCAAUGGAACUGAAAACAUACCAGCAGAUUUAAUUUCCUCCGAAAUGAUUUUCUUUAUUAUUUUUCUCAUUGCAACAAUGAUAUAAUUCAAUGUCGUCUUCGAUAUGAGGGUAAUCAAAUUUCCUCUCCCCUUAUUCGCCAAAUUAGAUGCAUGUCUAUCAUUACUUUUCUCAAUAACUGUAUCAAGAUGUUUUUUAAUUAUUGGGUCAAAUUUUGACAAGAGUAAUAAUAUUUCCAAGAAAUUUCCAUGAUCAUUGUAGCGUCGUUUAAUGUAUAGGCAGCAUCAUUUUUUGACCGAUAACUAAGAUCACGUUUUCCAAUCAUUUUCAGAAUCGCAAUUACUCUUUCCAGCACUUGUCUCUUUUCUUGAACUUGUUGGUACCUUCUUUUAUUUUGCUGAGAGAAUAAAAUGCUAUCAAUGUCUCUUUCACUUACAGACAUUAUAUGAGCUUCCACACACUUUUCGUGAUAUUUGCUGUUUUCAUGUUCCUCUAUUCUUUGAUGCACAUGUUUCCAGGAACAUUCCCGCUGUGAAUGAGUUCAUAUUGUCAGUCUUGCCAUAUGCUAAGCAUACUGUGCAAAACAAAGCUUUAGAUUCUUUACAGUAUGACACCCAAUUCCUAUUGAUACCAUUGCUUCUGAAAAAUACGGGAUGCGCAUUUGUAAAUGGUAGAUCAGUUUCACUCGCACUUGGUUGUAUUGGGUGAAAUUUAAACAAAUGAUAGUAAAGUAUUCUGUCAAGGACGUUUGAAAUAGUAACUGGUGCUUUUAUCAUCGAUAACUGAAGUUUCUGAACUAUCAUUUUCGGGAUUUAGAUCUGCCACUGCCAACGUUGUUUUCAUAAAUAUUGUGUUGUAAGUUAACUCCGUAACAUUUUCUAAUUGUAAGGUGGGAAUCAAAUUUGUUGGCACCACUGAAUGUUGAUUGUUUUCAUCGUUUUGAUUUGUGUCGGGUUGUGUAGUUGUAGAAGGUGUUUGUUGAGAGACGGUGUCUUUAGUUUGAAUUGAAGUGGCUCUAAAUAAAUCGAAUAGAUUUUGGCAUUUAGCUCCAUCUUUACUAAGAAUUUUUAGUUUCUUAUCUCUUACUUUCUCCGCACCACCUUUACAUUUACGUUUUGAAUUUAUAUCACUCAUAACCGUAAAAUAUUUUAUUUAAUUAAUAUCAAUUAUUAUUAACUAACAAAUUAAAAAGAAUUUUUAUCAAAGCAAACUCAGCGGAAGUAGAAUGGAAGAUUUAAAUUCUAACAUGGUGGCCGCUGGCUGUACGGAGCUCUUCAUUUACGAAGAGUACGGCUGCUGUUGAUUUGGACAUUAUGGACCGCCAUUUUGUUAGUGGCCUCUAAUAUCACCGCAUAUUAGUUAUUAAUUAUUAUUAUAUCACUGGUCCUGUGGGCCCAUCGGUCACCGGUCCUGGCGGCCUAUCGGGAAUAUUCCCGGUGUCCCGGCGGCCUAGUCCACCCCUGGAAUUAAAAUCAUUUAAAAGAAUUACAGCAGAGAUUUUUAUUUGAACAUGGUGUUGAGUAUGGUUUUGAAAACUUAAUGUGCUCUUAAGAUUUGGCUCACAGAAUAAACAAUAUGUAACAAAGAACUGAGAAAAAAAAUACCAAAGCUAGUGUUACUAACAAUAUUCAAUUUAAUUAUACUAUUAAAUUUCUAUAAAAUUAUAAAACCACAUUCAGAAACCAAAAAGCUGUAUCAGCUUACAGCACAGCAAGUGAAAAAGGUGCACUCCUAAAAAAAAAUACAAAUAUUAAUUUACACGCACACAUAAAGAGUACAAUAUUGCAAUUAUAUAAGGACUCGUAUGUGCCUUGGAAAUAUAGCAAACACUUUCUCCACUGGGAACAUCAGAUGCAUCAUGGAGUUCUAGAAUAAUGUCAGAACGCUCGUUUUUCAUUCACAUCUCAGUCUGUCCAUCUCGCCUGAUUCAAAAUCGUCUCUAAACUUAUAAUGAAAAAACAUGACAAAUCAGAGUGUAGAUUAUUAAAAGUCUAUGAAUAAAUGUUAAUUCCAUAUUAAUUAUGUAUAGGAUAGGCUUUUUUUUUUUUCAUGGGAGUCAUGAUUUUAUUAAUAUGCUCCUAGUCAAUGUAAAAAAAAAAAAAUCAUUAUUAUGAAUAUUUUUAUAAUCUUGGACCAAAUUGAAACCAAAAAUGUAAAAAGAAAAGACCUUGCUACAAAUGUGCAAUGAAUUUCUUCUAGCUUUAUCUUGAGACCUCAAAGGGCAAAGGUGAUGCUGCAGAGAUCAGCUUACCCAUCACCAUAGCGACUGUACCUUUCAGGGCACCCAAUGGCCCCAUGCCAGAAAUACAUUACGGUAAGAUUCAUUACUUUUGA